AUUUAUAACAAUGAUAGCGUUAUUCGAGUCCUGACGUGGUGUAGACAUUGAUUGCAGCAGGAAAAGGACAUCUCACCCGCCUGUUCAGGUCUGUAUGACAGACUACUAUUUAUCCUGCAGAGCGUGAUAACACACAACAGGCCUUCGAUAUUCCACACAGACGAAGCAGAUAUGAUCACACACAACGAUUCUUGAAAUCACAUCAUGUUAUUUCUUCUCCAUACCUGCUCGCCCGGUAGCCUGUGCGUAAUUGUUGUAAUUGUCCGUGACAAGGACCAUCUUCAAACUGAGGAAACAUCCGAAAAAGUUGAAUACGACCUUGGUGUAGGUAGACCGAACUUCCUCUCAAGGACAAAGAUCUCUGUGAGUAGGACAUCAACCUGGAGAAGGCCUAGCACGAAUCGGACUCAUUUGUCUGGCAGUGAAUCAGACAAGGUAGUUUUUUCUCGGACUGAACGUCGUGGCUAUAAAUCUAAAUCGAAAACGCAUCCAAUUGUUCCCCCAAAUGUCCAUGAGGAUCACUUGGUAAGAUAUAUGGAAGUUCGACAGGUGAUAAAUGACACUUGGUGUACACCAGAAGAGGCGGGAUCCUGCACAAGCAAACGAAAAGAAAUGCUUUUAGAUUUAGUUAAAUCGUUUUUCGAUGGUCUCUACAAAUCAGCAAUAGGUAUUUUGAAGAAAACACGACCCUUUUGGUUAGAAUACCAUACUGAUAGGUUCGUGCAACCUCCUAGGUUUACAGUCAAUAUGCUGCACUCGUCAACACAUCACAUCCAGCCAGGUCCACACAAACCCGUGGUGUCUGCUCCCCCUAGGGUAGAUAACAUAGACAUGGUCAGUGAACUCGUCAGGUAUGGGACAUUCCACUCAUGGUCCAACCCGGCCGCGUGGCCCAACAGGUUAGCAGCGGCCGGAUUCUACUACCGUAACCAGGGAGACGAAGUCGUCUGCUUCAGUUGCGGUUGCACGUGUAGUGAUUGGCAGCAAGGGGUGGAACCUAUGGUUGUUCACAGGAGACUGGCCCCGUCAUGCAGGUUCGUCAAUGGCCAUGCUGAAAAUAUCCCAGUCAUAGAAAGUCAAGAAGCUAAGAAUUACUUGAUCCAGGUCAGCGGAUGUCGCCCUACACAAAUUCCUCCAGCUAUUGUACACACCACCCCCAUGACACAGCAGUCGCAGCCACGGCACCCACAAACAACUACAGUUGCAAAUACCGCGGGCUUCCUUUCUUUGCCCCCACCGUCUAGACAUCCGGGGGAGGCGACGUCUGUUCCACUGUCGUUGUCACCAGCCCAAAUAGCAACGCCAACUACACCAGCGGUUGCGGUGCCACCAUCCCAUGUCAAGACACACUCAUCACCGCCACAGCCUACUCGCCAAACAGUAAAACGUGAUGGCAGCACCCUGGGUAUAAACACUGACCGACCCCAGCAUCCUACGUAUGCCGUCACCUCCACCAGGGUCAAGUCCUUCACGUCUUGGCCCCACACAAGUCACACACCUGUCCAGCUUGCAGAAGCAGGCUUCUUUCACACUGGACAAGGAGACAGCGUUCGGUGUUUUUUCUGUGGAACUGGUCUUCGCAAUUGGGACAGCGGUGACAACCCGUGGGUGGAGCAUGCCCGCUGGUCGCCCCAGUGUGUGUACCUCGUGCAGCACCAGGGCAGGGACUUCGUGGACCUUGUGCAGAGUCUGACGUCCGGCGGCAACCAGGUGGAAUAUAGCCAAGUGCAGGACAUUCUCCGAGACACGCGUCCCGCAGCCGCCCCCCAGAAACAGCUAGGUGUAGGUGCAGGUACAGUGGCUCCAGUGGCUCAAGCCGUUGGGGACGUACCAGGGGAAGUACCAGGGGAUGCCUUGGGUGAAGAACACGAAGAUGAUUCUUUGGUUGAGGAGAACGAGCGGUUGAAGCAGCAGACGAUGUGUAAAAUCUGCCUGGACAAGGAGGUCAGCAUCGUCUUCCUGCCUUGUGGUCAUCUCGUCUGCUGCGUGGAAUGUGCCCCUGCUCUCAGAAAGUGUCCCAUGUGCCGUGGAAAUAUCAGGGGGACCGUUAGAGCUUUCAUGAGUUAGUGUGCUGGAUAAACACUCUGAUGGCUCUAGCCUUGGGUUCUGUUUGGUUGAAAUUUGAUGAGCCAAACGUUUCAUAAUAAUUUCAUAUAAUUUCAUGUGUUUUUUGUGUUCACACAAGCACACCAUCGGUGUGACAUUUAGGAGUCAUAAGUGGGAAACUCUCGUUGUUAUUAGUUGUCUAAAUUCACUGUGUUAAGGGUUCAAAGAUUCCCGAGACGAUGGUUAGACACUAGACCCAGAUGUCCUAUUGAAAACAAUACAGGUUGUUGGGUGUCUCUGGGUGAUGAACAAGAUGUUGAUGAUCAGAUGUCCGAAGUCUCUAGUUUUAGAUCGGACACCUGUGAAUCAGGCAACUCCACAUCCUGUGGUACAACAGUCGUUCCAGGGGUGAUGUGCUUCUUGUGUGUCUAAUUCAUUUUUAAGGAGAGGUCAUAGAAACAAUUACAUAAUAGUUGAUGGCGCUCUAAUGUCAAAUUGAACAUCAUUUUCAACGUUGCCGAAACCCUUUAUCAUAGCCCAUUUGGUGAAUUGUGUACGAGCAUAGAUAUAUUGAACUUCCAUGUGAAGAAAGGAAUAGUUUCAUACUGUUGUAGAAAUAUUGAAAUUUCCUCUGAUUAUGUAGGAUAGAUGGUAGCAUUUACGUGGUUAAUAGCUCCUUACCGAUAUGAAGAUCGCUUUGGGACAGCACGUUUCAGAUCUUGCCCAACGUGCGAGCACGUGCGUUUGUCGGCUGCAUGCCGAUUUAGUGUUUUCAGUCGUGGGUCGUAUGGUAAGAGCGCCCCGAUUGGUUGGUGACAGACGGGAUUAGCCAGUGGCUGCACCGUUCUGACGUGUUGACCCAGAGGUGUAGGAUAGAUGUUAGUAUUUUCGGCAUCAAUAUCUCCUUAAUAAAAGAAUCACAACGCAAAGUCAUAAAAAUAGUAGGUGUCUAAAUGUGCCCAAAGUCUGUCCUUUUACACUGUAUAUACUAGUCUCUGCUGCAUAAAUUUGCGUAUGUUUUAAGCUGUUUAAAAUGUACCUGUACCUAAGGUUAGACUUAAGUAAACCAUCUGUUGGUCUGCCCAAGUAACAGCUUAAAACAACAAAAUGGUCCAUUACACAAUUAAUCCCUUGCCACUUCUACUCAAUGAAUUUAAUGUAUUAAUGUAUUUUCAUUAUCAUUAAAUCUUAACCUUAACCACAUAACUCUUCCAACUUCUUUCUCUCGGAGAAGAAACACAUAACCCUGAUCACGCGUAACCGUGGUUAAUGUGUCACAUCCCCAAGUGAUACUGAAUGAAUAAAGACUGAAUUUACAGCAAUAAAGUAUGCUGUUAUU